AUGACGACAUUCAAACUUAGCAUUCUACUAAGCUUGGCAGCUGCACUUAACUGCCUGCCUAUAGCACAGAUUACUCUUCAAGAUGAGAACUUUGCGGAGGGCUACCUGAAGCAAUUCUUCAACCUAACUGAUGAGGCCGGUCCCUCUGUCAGACGUGCGGUCAGCCCCAUAACCAAGAAGCUGACUGAGAUGCAGCAAUUCUUUGGUCUGGAGAUCACCGGCACCCUGGAUGCUGAUACCCUGGCGGUGAUGAAGAAGGCCAGAUGUGGUGUUCCAGAUGUGAGCCUUGGACGUUUCGCUACCUUUCCAGGCUUCAAGUGGGAUAAAACCAGUCUUACUUACAGGAUAGAGAACUACACACCUGACAUGUCUGUGGCAGAGGUUGAUGACUCCAUGGAGAAAGCUCUGCAGGUCUGGGCCAAAGUUACUCCUCUGAGAUUCACCAGAAUCUACAGUGGCAUUGCUGAUAUCAUGAUCUCCUUUGGCCGCAGAAACCAUGGUGAUUUUAGCCCCUUUGAUGGCCCUGGUGGCCUUCUUGCCCACGCCUACGCCCCAUCUGCUGGCAUCGGAGGAGAUGCUCAUUUUGAUGACGAUGAGGACUUCACCUUCCGCUCAACCAAAGGGUACGUCCUGUUCAUCGUAGCUGCCCACGAGUUUGGCCACUCUUUGGGUUUGUCUCACUCUCAGGAUCCUGGUGCACUCAUGUACCCCACCUACAUAUACAGAAACCCUGAAACCUUCGUCUUGCCCCGGGAUGAUGUCAACGGCAUCCAGUCUCUCUAUGGUCAAAACCCUGAUGGUGGUUCAGUUACUCCUGGACCUGAGCCUCCCAAAACCCCCGAUAGCUGUGACUCAACCAUGGUCUUGGACGCUGUCACCACCCUGCGUGGAGAGCUGUACUUCUUCAAAGACGGCUUCUUCUGGCGUAGCCACCCUCAAGUCAACAGACCUCAGCAGAGUCUCAUCCAAAGCUUCUGGCCUGAUGGCCCUGACAGUGUUGAUGCUGCUUUUGAGAGCAAAGUAACAGACAAAAUCCUGCUCUUUAAAGGUCGUAAGAUGUGGGCUUUCAAUGGCUAUGACCUUGUACCUGGCUAUCCUAAACCACUCUCCAGUUUCGGUCUACCCAAAACUUUGAAGAAAGUCGAUGCAGUUAUGUACGACGUGGAUACUGGCAAGACUCUGAUCUUUGUGGGCCGCUAUUACUACAGCUAUGAUGAGGAGAGAAAGACCAUGGACAAGGGAUUCCCCAAACGUAUUGAUGAGACCUUCAAUGGCAUGACCACCAAAGUGACGGCAGCUUUCCAGUACAGAAGUUUCACCUACAUCUACAGUGGACCCCAGAUGUAUGAGUUCAGCUUGAGGAGCGGCAGGUUGUUCCGUGUGCUUGGAAAUGACUACUUCUUGCCCUGCACUAACUUCUAAACCAGCUGAAGAACAGAAGUUAUUAAUGCAGCUACUGUGAAUGACAAUGAAGACAGUUAAAAAGUGUCCAUCCUUUGAAAUAAUAUAUUCUAUAAUAUGGAGUAAUAUUGUUACUGGC